AUGUUAUACUACGCGAUAAAUAGAUGGCAACCUCCUCUUAUAGAGAAAAUCAAGAUAAACUUAGAUGUGACGGUUGGGUCUAAGGGAUGCGGUUGUGCUGCAGUUGCUAGAGAUAGUAAUUCUGAUUAUCAAGGUGGCAAGUCAAAAGAAUUGGAGUUCAACAGUCCUAGUGAAGCUGAAGCUAAUGGAGCUCUGAUUGUCAUAGGCCUGGCGAUAAGUAAAGGUUUCAGAAAUAUCAUCCUUGAAGGUGACUCCUUAACUGUCAUUAACAGUUUGAGAUAUAAAAAUUCAGAUCCCCCAUGGCGUAUUAGGAACAAAAUCAACAAUAUUGGGGAUAAGAUCUCAAGUUUUAACUCAGUUGAGUUCAGUAUUGUCAAAAAAGACGCCAAUGUGUUGGCUUAA